GGGAGGUGGGGCCUGAUUGGGCCGCGGUGAGUGCGGAUGGGCGUGUCCGCCGCCGAGGAAGCGGUUGGAUCCGAGCACUUCCGACGGCGUUUGGGGUGCGCGAAGAUGAGGAAGGUGGUUUUGAUCACGGGGGCGAGCAGUGGCAUUGGCCUGGCCCUCUGCAAGCGGCUGCUGACGGUAGACGAUGGGCUGCACCUGUGUUUGGCGUGCAGGAACAUGGGCAAAGCCAAAGCCGUCCGUGCUGCCCUGCUGGCCUCUCACAGCAGUGCCCAGAUCACCAUGGUACAGGUGGAUGUCAGCAACCUGCAGUCGGUGUUCCGGGCUGCUGAGGAACUUAAACAAAGAUUUCAGAGGUUAGACUACGUGUAUUUAAAUGCUGGAAUCAUGCCUAAUCCACAGCUGAAUGUCAGAGCACUUUUCUCUGGCCUCUUUUCAAGAAAAGUGAUUCAUAUGUUCUCCACAGCUGAAGGACUGCUGACCCAGGCUGACAGGCUCACUGCCGACGGGCUCCAGGAGGUGUUUGAAACCAAUAUCUUCGGCCACUUUAUCCUGAUUCGGGAACUGGAACCUCUCCUCUGUCACAGUGACAAUCCAUCUCAGCUCAUCUGGACAUCAUCUCGCAACGCAAGGAAAUCUAAUUUCAGCCUUGAAGACAUCCAGCACAGCAAAGGCCAGGAACCCUAUAGCUCUUCUAAAUACGCCACUGACCUUCUCAACGUGGCUUUGAACAGGCACUACAACCAGCAGGGCCUGUAUUCCAGUGUGGUGUGCCCAGGCACAGUGUUGACCAAUAUGACAUAUGGAAUUCUACCUCCCUUCAUAUGGAAACUGCUGCUGCCAUUCAUAUGGUUGCUUCGCUUUUUUGCAAAUGCUUUCACUUUGACACCAUACAAUGGAACAGAAGCACUGGUUUGGCUUUUCCAUCAAAAGCCCGAGUCUCUCAACCCUCUGACAAAAUACAUGAGUGCUACCACAGGCCUUGGAAACAAUUAUGUAACGACCCAAAAGAUGGACCUAGAUGAAGACACUGCUGAAAAACUUUACCAAAGUUUACUGGAACUGGAAAAGCAUGUUAAAGUCUCACUUCCAAAGGCAGAUCCCUGGAGCUGACAGUGGCAAGGCCUGAAACCUCGCCUGUCUUCUUUGCAUUGCAGGGCAUGUGGAUUUCCAUUGAGCUUGGGUGACAGGCAUUUUUAGUAGACUGUGAGCUAGGCCUCUUCUCCUGCUUUUCAGAAUUAAUUCUAAGACCAUGUAGGUAUGCCUGUGUGUGUCUGUGUGUGUAUACACUUGAGAAAAAGAUGGGUACAAUAAAAAUAUGCAUUAGAUGUUCUCCAGAGUGUUGUCACAUCACCAUUACUGGAGCCGCCUGAUAGGACACCUGUUUAUGUUCUACCAGCAGGAUCCCAAGCUCAACUCUACAGGAUGUAGUAAGGACUUGAAUGCCUGUGACACAGGCACACGCUGAACCUCCUCUUGGCCAGCCUCUGUGAGAGGAAGUCCUGGGGGGGUGAGGAGGU